AUGACUCAACACAAUGUUGAACAACAACAACAACAACAACAACAACAAGAUGUAGACAGUGAUCUAGACAGACAAGAUCAACCACAUAUCGAGCAACAACAUGACGAUGUUGUACCUCAGCAUCAAGAUGAACAACAACAUCAACAGCAACAUACUUCAAUCAAUCAUAAUAAUGUACAUACUAUCGAUCAAGAACAAGAUCAUCACAUUCAACAACAACAACAACAACAACUUCAUCAUACUCAGCAGCAGCAUCAACAACAACAACAUUAUCCUCCACAACAGUAUCAACAACAACAGCAACAACCUCAACAUCAACAACACAUACCAAACAAUGUCAAUCAACCACCUGUGAUAAAGUACACUACAAAUAGAAGGAGUAGACCAAACAGUGCAGGAAACACUCCUGGUGGUGGCAAGACAGAGGAAGAGAGAAGGGAUAUAGCCAUCAAUGAGACACAGGACACAGUGUUUGAUGUGAUCUUGCAGUGGAUAUCACUGGCCUGCAGCAAGCUGCUAUUCCAUCCAAUAGAGUUCCCCGUGCAUGCGUUGACCACCUUCAUCCAGGCCAACCCGACGCCACAACCUCAGCCCAUCGGCAUACCUUUCCCCAUGCCUCAGCAGAUGAAUCAGCAACCACAGUCGUCACUGGCGUUCACCAGCGAGAGUCUCUGGAGACUGUUCAAGCAGAAGGGCACACACAUAUACGAUGGCGGUCUGGUCUACUUGGCGCACAACAUGGUGGUGAUCAUUGCCAACUUUACGCAGCGCUUUGUCAACGCCUCGUUCAACACCCCCACGGGCAAUGCCAGCGUCACCAGCAUUGAGCGUCGACAGCGCAUUGGCAAACUAGUGGAUCUCUUGAUAUCUGGCGUCAAGAAUGCAUUCACUCUACCCCUAGACGUCCUAAUGACCCGACUCAUUGUACAUAGAUUCUACAAAGCGGCAGACAAUCUACACUACAUCAAUGACUGCACUCUUGGUGGUAUCUGCAAGAAUGAGGGUAUAAUCAGUGGAUUAUAUGCUGGAUGGGAGGUCGUUGUGAUGAAGGCACUGCUUGAGUGGAUAUACAAGAAGUGUGAUAAUCAUUUGGUCACGAGCAGCAAGAGAGGACCAUUCUCUCCGAAUGAGAAGUCACCAGCACAGAUCAUAUUGCUCUGUCUAAGAGUAUUAUUGGAUUAUAUACUUACAGUUGUAAAGGUCAGAUUGAACAUUAGGAACAUUGGAUUCAUCAAGACAGUGGUGACUAUAUACCGUAGAGAGGGUAUAAAGGGAUUCUUCUCGGGUCUGAACACUUAUCUGGCAUUGUUCCCAUUAUGGAUGAUUGGAAUACUGUUUGCCAACGUCAUAUUUGUCAAGUUGAAGCAGAUGCUUGAGAGAAAUGCUGAUCUGUCACGUCGUCGUGGAAAGAAGUCUUCGUCGUCACUGGCAGAUGACGAUGGAACACAACCACAGGCACCUGGCAUGAGUGUCAUUGGUCUGUCACCAAUGGAGACAUCGGACGACGAUGACGAUCAAGAUGACGAGAAUAACUCAUCUGACGAUGAGCGUGUAGUAGUCAACAGAACAAGUAUCAACAGCAACUACAACUACAACAACAACAACAACAACAUUAGAACUAGCAAUGGUGAUAACAACAACACUACCCAAUGA